AGCUCCAGUCUUGGUUGCCCUUGCACUGAUAGAAUGUGGAAUGAAGUAUGAAGAUGCAGUGCAAUUCAUAAGACAGAAGCGGCGUGGAGCUUUUAACAGCAAGCAACUUCUGUACUUGGAGAAAUACCGCCCCAAGAUGCGUCUGCGCUUUAAAGACUCCAAUGGUCACCGAAAUAAUUGUUGUAUUCAGUAAAGCUCAACAGCCUAUAGUACUUCUUUGGGAAUAAAGGAUGGAAACUAGAAUUAAGCAGACUGCAUGCCAAAGACAUCAGUCUGAUAUUUUUUAAGUAGCAAAGGAAGCUUCCUUAGGAGUAUUUAAUAGGCUAAAGGCUUAGUAGAAAUGCAACUUCUAUGUUUAGAUAAAUAUCCAUCUGUUUGGAGACCAAGUAAAUGUUUCUGCUGUACCUUGUUUCUGAGCUGUCUCCUUGUUCAUUAAUUACCGGUUCAAAUAUCCUUUAAUCAUGCUAUUGAGUCCUACCCACCUAGUUUCAACUACAAAAAAUUGGAGUAUUAAAAUAAAUCAAUCUGUAGAGAGAUUAGGUGCCAAAAUACCCAGCAUAUCAGCUACAUGUUUUUCCUUAUAAAUGAGCAUAGUUCUGAUGAUGUGAGAACUACCAGCUUACCUGGACCCUUACUAUCUUUUUUUUUUUUCUUUUCUACAGUCAUUUCAAUAUUUAAGAAUAUGGCCUCUAAGGUAGUCUUGCCUGCUCACUAUAUGUUUUGUCUCCCACAAUCGCACUAGAAUUCCAGGAUUUGCACAGUCUGUCUUUUUAAUACUAUGAAUUACAGCGACUUUUUACCCCAGCAUCUGUACUUUUCUGUUACCUGAACCUCUCCAUUUUACAAAUCAUUACUCUCUGGUUACUCAUGUAGAAAAUCUUUUAAAUUGUACAGAAGCACACAAGUCUUUAAUGUCUCCAGACAAAAAGCCUUACAGUAAAAUUAAUGUCGGCACUUCAUGUGCAACUUAACAGAGGGCCUGAAAAGGUUGGGAGGGGCUAUUUAAUAUUUCUAGUAAAAUGUUGCCUUUGUCUUGUGCAGGAAGUAUAGAAUAUGCCCUUUACUUUAGUAAAUAUUUUUUUAAAACGUAGAAAUGCUUUGUUAUUGUAGCUAAAAAUUCUUAAUCAGAAAAUUUCUGAAAAAUCUUGUAGUUUAUUUUACUGUACCUAUUGAAAGUUGUUUACCAACUAUUGCUUUGUUGAAAGUGUGAUUUCUUUCUUUUUUUCUUUUCUUUUUCUUUUGUUUUUCCUCCUUGAGUUUCUGCUAUGACUUGGGCAGACCUCUGUAAUAUUUUGUAUGCCUUUCAAGCUGCGUAACUUAAUAUUUGGAUACUUGAUAAUUUGUUUUAUUAUGUAAUUGAUAAAAUGGUGAUGUGUAUUAAUGUUAGUUCAACCAUAUAUUUAUACUGUCUUGGGAAUGUGUGGUUAUAGUUCUGUGGGAGAAAUAAUUUUGCCAGUGUUCACCAGCUUGUAAAAUCUAGUGCGAGAGCUUAAACAUCUAAAUAAAUACUGAAAUGCACUUACAAAGUUUGUUGAAAUGCUCAUGGCUUUCACUUUUUUUGUGUGCUUUGUCUGCAAUCUUGAGGUGCCUAAAUUCAGAAUCUAUCCAGGCAUCUGUUUUCUUCUUUUAAAUCUGGGCCUGAAUGUGCCCUUUGCUGUAACGUUUGCUGUUUGUUUUACUCAUAAAUAAAUGUGGACAAAAAU